AAAAGGGUUGGUUUUCUCUCUCUGCCUCCCACACUUUUUAUUAGACCGUUGUAAAAUCAAUUUCUUUAAGCAUGCUCUCCCAAAAGAAACUACGAAAACAAUUAAUAAAAACACAGAACCAAGAAACUGACCCAUCUCUCAAAUCCAUCAACAAUGGCGGAAGAAAACCCCACUCUUCAAUCUCUCUUCCAUGCACUUGACCCCAUGUCUCUAAUCCUUUCCCACAAUUCCUUAGACUCUCACCAACCGGUCCCUCUGAAACUCACCACAGAUAGCUACAUCAUGGAGAGAGGACCAAGAUACAGAGCAUAUGCAGAGUUGCGAGAAUCAAAGCUGAGAAUGAAGAUCUUAAGGCAACAAGAAAGAGAUGAGAGUGAUUUUAAACAAACACCACCGAAGAAACAGGUCAAAUUUCAAGCCAAUUUAACUAGUUCAAGAAAAGGGUCUUCUGUUUUGGCCCAGUCAGUGCCAGAUUUCUCAGCUACUUUAAGAAAAGAGAAUCGAAAGCCGAAGCCAGAGUGGACACCUCCAUCAAAGAAUUGGUCAACGAUAAAUGGGAUUCUGUCGAAUUCUAGAGGAAGUAAGUCAGCGAGCGCUGGAGAGAAAAAGAAUGGAAAUGGGGGACUAAUGUCGAGAAAUAGCUGUGCAAGUGUUGAAGCAUUGAAGGGAUUGUCAAUGGCUGCAGCCACCGCUAUUAAUUGCGAAAACAGGGGAGGAAGAGGUGGCAGAGUAAUUGGCAAGACUGUGUUGGGUUUGAGGCAGUUCUGACUUUGAAUCCAUGGUGAUUCUACAAAUGAUGUGAGAGAUUUGUUAUUUUCUUUUAAUUUCAUUUUCUUGGGUUCUUAAUUGGAUGUGGCGUUAUGAGAGGUUUUCUUUGUUACUGCUACGAUUCUUUGUUUAGUUGAGAGAUUUGCUUAUGGUGGAUUGUAAAGCUCUGGAUGUAAUCAUGUUUAACUUAUGAUUAAGCUCAUUCACUAACAAAAAUAAAUAAGCAAAUAAAUAAAACUCAUUAACUAAAUUAAGGGGUGAA